UGUUCUCUUAGAAACAAAGAAGUUCAAUCCCUCAAGCUUCCAAUAUUUUAGAGAGUAUAGGUUUUGAAUGCAAUAAUCAUGAUAAGAGAUAAGACUUCCAUGUUGGCAGCUACAAGCUAUAGCUCUUUCAAUCUUCUUGUCCAUGUUGGCAACUACAAGGUAUAGCUCUUUCAAUCUUCUUGUUACGUACUCAUUCUUCAUAUUCUUCUCAAGUUUGGUUCUUCAUUCUUUCAUUCUUCAUUCUUUCAUUGCCUAUUUAUACUCAAGUUUGGUUCUUCAUUCUUUCAUUGCCUAUUUAUACUCAAGUUUGGUUCUUCAUUCUUUCAUUGCCUCAAACCCAUAAUUAACCCUUUUCCUUUGUUCCUCGAACUCACUCUACAAAAAUGGCUUCCACUAUUCUCUUAGCCCUCGUAUCUCUCAGCCUUAUUGAGCUCAUGCCACACCAUGCCAUUGCUGAUCCCGCAGAUGGGUUCACCUCCCUUUCAUUGGGUCGAUCCAACUUUGUCAUUCAUAAGCCUUAUGACGUAUCUGAAAGUGAGCGAUAUAGCUUCCAAAAUGGCAUCCACAAGCUGUGGGUUUACUCUGCUGACAAGCCUUUCAUGUCUGGGAGCAAUACCAGUCCCAGGACUGAGGUCCGCGUUCGAGGAUAUGACUACACUUCUGGUGUGUGGCAAUUUGAAGGAUAUGCAUACGUGCCGUCAGGCACAACUGGUGUGUCCAUCAUGCAAAUCUUCGGAGGCGCUAGCGCAGCCACAACCAUGAUGCUUAGAGUCUACAAUGGAGCACUAUCUUACUACAGGACUCCAAUUGCUCAAAACAUAUAUGAUAGAUGGUUUAGAGUCAACGUAAUCCAUGAUGCUGGUGCCCCAAAAGUCAAGGUCUACAUUGAUGGGUCAUUGGUGCACGAAGCUGAUGGGAAUGGGGCUUCAUCCCAUUACUUCAAAUUUGGAGUCUAUGCACAGGAGGGUGCGUCCGAUUAUAUGGAGUCUCGUUGGAGGGGAAUCAAGGUUCUAAGGAAGUAAUCAUGGAUACACGCGCCUUGUUCACAUAAAUGCAGAAGACAUUAAUAGUCUUGUUGACUUAAAAAGCAUGAAAAUAACAUACACAAAAUAACAUUUAAUAUGCUUAUUAAUUUAUACAUGAUAUGCAUGGAUUUUUAUUAAA